AUGAACUCCCGGGCUGAGGUUUGGGAUUACGUCAAAGCCGGCACCCACCGCGCUGGCAGUCAGAACGCCCGAUUGCCAACUAAUUUUCCUUUUCACAUUAUAACAGGCCCAAGUCUGUUUUGGUGGUCUGAGGAAAAAAAAGAUGAUCUUCUCAAGUUUUGGGAAAACUAUAUUUUAAUAAUGGAAACUCUAGAAGGAAAUCAGAUACAUGUGAUAAAGCCAGUUUUGCCAAAGCUAAACAGCCUGUUUGAAUAUGCGGUGUCAGAGGAAACCGGACGGUGGCUCCUGCACCCCUCCUGGCACCUGUGUGUGUACAAAAGAAUGUUGGAAAGCGAGAACAAAAUCCUGGCCAAGGAAGGGGUUACCCAUUUCUUGCAGCUCUACGAAACGAAGGUUCUUCCGUUUUCACCGGAGCUUUCGGAGUUUAUUAUUGGACCAUUAAUGGACGCACUUUCAGAGAGCUCUCUCUAUGGCAGGUCGCCGGGCCAGCAGAUAGGAAGUGGGUCUCCACUGGGAUUGAAACUACAGAGAUUUUUAGCUGCUUAUGUUUCUCUUCUUCCAGAAGAACUAAAGAGUAGUUUUUUGUUAAAACUGAUUCAGAAGAUGUCGAGUAGACAUUGGUGUGCUGUUCCCAUUUUGUUUCUGUCUAAGGCUUUGGCCGGUGUCCCGAGAUGCAAAGCCCUGGGUCGGGAAGGCCUCCUGGCCCUCAGGGGCGUCCUCCAGUGCACCAUGGCCACACACCAGAUCCUGCUGCGCGGGGCCGCCCAGUGCCAUCUGCUGCACGCGGCCAUGAACCUGGUCGACGUGGAGGACGUGUCGCUGUCCGACAUCUCUGCGUUUCUCGUGUCUCUGCGACGGGAGGAGUCCCUGGGCCGGGGAACGGCACUAUGGACAGAGCUCUGUGACUGGUUACGUGUAAAUGAAAGCUGUUUUGGACGACCCUCAGCUUGUGGCUCCCUUGGACUCCAGGAGACGUGCUCUUUAAACGCUUACGUCAAAAGCCUCGUUCAAGAGUAUAUUACGUCACCUGCUUGGGAAACAGGAGAAAACGGCCGGAUGCCGGACUGGGCGGAAGCCAGGCUGGUGGCUCUGAUGGUCUUACUGGCUGUGGACGUGGAAGGAAGGAAGGUCCAACACAGUGAGAGGCAGAGGACACAGAACGUGCUGAGGCUGUUCCUAGAGCCCCUCCUGGACGCCCUCGCCAAGUUGGGUUCGAACGCCUACCUGCCCCUGCGGAAGACGGACAGGUGCCUGCAGGCGCUGGUGACGCUGCUGCACACAUGCUCGCCGAAGGGUGCCAGCGCCCACGAUGAUGAGGUGCCUCCUCUCCUUCAGGACUUGGUUGCGUCCGCCACAGAGAGCAUCUCCAGCUUCCUCCUCCGGAGACUCACUAUGAAUGAACUGAGCAGCGUUGCAGACCUGGAUCGCUGCCACCUGUACCUGCAGGUCUUCACUGAGCUGGCGGGCCUCCCUGGGAAGCGGGGGGAGCGAGGCAGCCCCGUCCUGAGAAUCAUCGCUCCUUUGAGAAACGCGUCCAUCCGGCACCUGCAGGACGCGGACAGUGGGCUGGUGCCGACGCUCGGGAGGCAGGUGCAGAGGGCGGUCAGCAUGGCCGCCUUGGCCGCGGUGUGUGAGGUGUGUGCGGCCCUCGACCAGACGCCGGAGCUGCAGCUGGACCCUCCGGAUGCUGGGCCCGCGGAGCAGCUCCUCGCCGCCCUCCCGCUCGGUCAGAGGCUGCAGAAGCCGCAGCCAGAGGAGCAGAGCAGUCUCCUGGAAGACCCGUCGUCUUCCCCAGGCUGGGGCCGAAUAGCUGCGCAGCCCCUGGACCCCGUGCUGCCCGCCCUUCAGACGCCAGCGCGGACCCUGCAGGCUGCGCUCGCCGCCCUCGCGGUCCUCCCCUCCGAUCGCGUUUUGCCUGUGUUUCGCUGCAUGAAACUGCUGGUUCCCCAGCUUCUGGCCUCCUCUGAGUCAGUCUGCAUAGAGGCCUUUGACGUGGCUUGGAAAAUUAUAUCGACUCUAAGCAACACUCAGCUGGUGUUCUGGUCCAACUUAAAAGCUUUUGUUCAGUUUGUUUUUGAUCCCAAAGUUCUUACCAUUGCUGCAAAAACCAAGGGCCAGGCAUAUUUCAAAAUAAAAGAGAUUAUGCACCAGAUGAUUGAAAUGUCGGCUGUAAAAACCGGAGUCUUCAAUAUACUGAUAACUCACUGCUGCCAGUCGUGGGUAGUUCCUGCUCCAGACGUGUCCCAGGGGUCUUUUUCAAAUGCUGCCGAUUACAGCGAGCUGCUCCUGGAGGCUUGUGUGUUUGGAACUGUGUUUAGGCGGGAUCAGAGACUCAUUCAGGACGUACAGACCUUUAUUGAAAAUCUUGGACAUGAUUGUGCGGCAAAUGUUGUUAUUGAAAAUACCAAAAGAGAGGACCACUAUGUCAGAGUUUGUGCUGUCAAAUUCCUGUGCUUGUUAGAUGCCUCCAGUGCGUCCCAUAAGGCGUUUAUGGAAGACCUUGCCAUCAAGCUGUUAGAGAAAGAGGCACUGGUGUCCUCGUCCAGGACGCGAUGCUACGUGAACUCCCAGCAGCACCGAGUGCAAAACCGAGUGUGGCAGAUCCUGCUCGUGCUUUUCCCCCACUUCGACCAGAAUUUCUUGAAUAGAAUCAUUGACAAGAUCUUUCAGGCUGGUUUCAUCAACAACCAAGCAUCCAUCAAGUAUUACAUCGAAUGGAUUAUUAUACUGAUUCUUCACAAAUUUCCUCAGUUUCUUCCCAAGUUCUGGGAUUGUUUUUCUUGUGGUGAAGAACACCUUAAAACGAGCAUUUGUACGUUCUUAUCGGUUUUGUCACAUUUGGACAUCAUUACUCAAAACCUGCCAGAAAAGAGGCUGGCUCUGAAGCAGGCCCUUGUCAUCGCGCUGCAGUGGGGCUUCAGCCACAACUUCAGUGUCCGCCUGUACGCGCUGGUGGCGCUGAGCAAAGCCUGGGGCAUGUGUAAGACGCUGCAGAUGGGGGAGCUGGACGCUCUGGCGUCCGUGAUCGAGUCCAGCCUCAGUCAGGUGGAGAGCACGCCGGGAGCGGGGAACGCCAAGAGGAACUGGCAGCGCAUCCAAGACCAUUUCUUCUUUGCAGCGUUUCACCCGCUUCAGGACUACUGCCUGGAGACCAUAUUUCACAUCCUUCCGCGCCUUGCAGGCCUUGUUGAAGAGGAGUGGAUCGCCAUCGACAAGUUCGCCAAGUUCACGGACCUUCCCUCAGGGGCAGGGGCUCAUCGCUACCUUUCUGCGACGCAGCUGCGCGAGCUGAGGCCGGGGGACUGGGCUCAGCAGGACGCAGGCUCUCACUCGGGAGAAGCAGACAACCGAUCCGAGUGGACUGACGUUCAGAAGAAGGUGAUCCCGUGGAGACACGCUGCUCCCGACGCCGACCUGGAGCUGGCCUUUCAGGAUCGCGCUGCCAGGCUCGGCAAGGCCAUCGGCCGCCUGAUCGUCGUGGCCUCCCUCAUCGACAAGCCCACCAACUUGGGAGGCCUGUGCCGCACCUGCGAGGUGUUCGGGGCGGCAGCGCUGGUGGUCGGCAGCCUUCAGUGCGUCGGGGACAAGCAGUUCCAGCAGCUCAGCGUCUCCGCGGAGCAGUGGCUGCCUCUGGUGGAGGUAAAGCCACCGCAGCUGGCGGGCUACCUGCGGCAGAAGCAGGCGGAGGGCUACACGGUCAUCGGUGUGGAGCAGACGGCCCGGAGCACGGCCCUGACCCAGUACUGCUUCCCGGAGAGGUCGCUGCUGCUGCUGGGAAAUGAGCGUGAAGGGAUCCCUGCCAACUUGAUCCAGCAGCUGGACGUGUGUGUGGAGAUCCCUCAACAGGGCAUCACCCGCUCGCUCAACGUCCACGUGAGUGGAGCCCUGCUCAUCUGGGAAUACGCCCGCCAGCAGCAGCUGCGCCGGCGAGGGGGCGCCCAGGCGUGAGGUCCCCGCACGCUGAGAGCUGUCGGUGCUAUUCAAACAGUUCAAAAGUAUUUGGAAAAAUGAAACAAAUUCUGAAUUUACUGAAAUAAUGUGUUUUUUCCUUAUAACUUAAUGCCAAAUUUUUUCAUGUGCCUUAAACAUAUUAUGUGUUGUCCUCUUUAAUAAACAUAUUUAGCUAAAUUG